UUUCCGAAAGAAAACCGUUUAGUAGUACAAUUCAGAAGCGUUGGUUUUGGAGGAUCAUAUUGUUAUUUAGCAGUACUAGUUCAAAAGAAGCAUUAAAGGAUAAAAAAAUCUGAAAUUUGAAUUUCGCUUUAUAUUAGAUUGCAAAAAUCCUCACAACCUUCAGGACAAAGAAAGCCAAGUAAGAUGAUUAAAAUGAGCGAUAUUUAGAGUAUAGUAAGUUGUUUAUAAUAAAAAGGUAUGGGACGUCGUAAGAAAUCUCGAAAGCCUCCUCCUAAAAGAAAAAUGAUCGAGGCCCUAGAUAAACUCUUUAACUGCCCAUUCUGUAAUCACGAAAAAUCAUGCGAAGUAAAAAUGGAUCGAGACAGAAAUGCAGGCAUGAUAGCUUGUAGAGUGUGUUUGGAAGAUUUUCAAACGUCUAUAAAUUAUUUGUCUGAACCCGUUGAUGUAUAUAGCGACUGGAUUGAUGCAUGUGAAAAUGCUAAUCAGUAA